UGCCAACAACAACUCUGUCUUAGCGGUUUCUGAAUUCACAGCAAUUCCAAGUUCUCUACUAAUUAUCGACAUUUGAAUUGGGAUCAAAAGACUACAUAAACGAUGUCUACUCAAGAUGAAAGGUAUGCAUUUAUCGCAGAGUGGUAUGAUCCCAAUGCUGCUCUUAUCAGGAGGUACCAGUUUCUGUAUUAUCCAAAGGACAAUACAAUUGAAAUGUAUUAUGUCUACUUGCCUCUUUCCUUAUUUGGCCUUGUUUAUAAACUGCUGAAGAUAAUAACAUUAGGCAUGAUCAAACCAGACUCCAUGAAGAAGAUGGGAGAAAUUCUAGACCUGAUUUUCAAGAAUGGCUUUCUCAUCACAAAGAUGAAGAAAGUUUCACUCUCCAGAAAUGAGGCAUUGGAAUUCUAUCAGGAACACCAAAGUAAAAUGUUUUUCAACACCCUGAUCCAGUACAUCACCAGUGGGCCUGUGAUGGCCUUUGAACUGAUGGGAGAGAACGCUGUGGAGAAGUGGAGGAACCUUUUGGGACCCACUGACUCUGCCGAGGCUAGGAGUGAGGCACCCUACAGUAUCAGGGCUAGGUUCGGCACAGACAAGACACAGAAUGCAUGUCACGGGUCAGACUCUGCGGCGUCUGCAGCCAGGGAGCUCGAGUUCUUCUUCCCAGCUGGCAGCGCAGGCAGGAGGAACACCGCCGUGUUCUCGGACUGCACGUGUGGAGUGAUCAAGCCACAUGCUGUGCUCUCAGGAGUAGCUGGCCAGAUCAUCAACAAGAUUCUUGACACAGGGUUUGAAAUCUCUGCCAUAGCAAUGUUCCACAUGGAGAGAGCCAAUGCUGAAGAGUUCUAUGAAGUUUAUAAAGGUGUUGUACAAGAGUACAGCAGUAUGGUGGAUGAGCUGACAUCAGGGCCAUGUAUAGCUUUAGAGAUCAGAGCCCAGAAUGCUCACCACCAGUUCAGAGAGAUGUGUGGACCAGCAGAUCCAGAGAUAGCACGUCACUUACGUCCGCGCACCCUGAGAGCCAUGUAUGGCCGUGACAAAGUCCAGAACGCCAUCCACUGCACGGAUCUCCCCGAGGAUGCACUACUAGAGGUGGAAUAUUUUUUCAAGAUCCUUGACCGUUGAUGAUGAAACUCAUUUUGUAAUAAACAAAGACUUACACAAAAGUGUGCUGAAAGACUGGACAUCUCUUUCCAACUAUUAACUCUGAAUAUAGACACUGAAUUAUUCCAUAGGCUUCAUUUAUAAUGAAGGAUGCUAUUACAGUUGCUGUACAUCUCUGAUGGUGAAGUCACCAAAAUGUACAGGUGGACAGACAAUUACCUCCAAAAUUUACUUCUGGUCCUGUUGUGAGAGCCAUCAACUUAUUUAAAUGGGAUUUAUUUAUUUAUUUAUUUAUUUAUUUAUUUUCGAACAGAAUUUAUUACUUGGUUCAUAUUUUUAUAAUGGAUUUAAUUGAAGUAUCUAGACUCUUAAAAGCAAGAAUGAAUAAUACACUUGAGUCAAAUGGGUCUUCAUUACUUCAUAUAAUAAUUUGUAACAUUAUGUAUAUAGCACUGUUUACUGUAACAGUUAAAGUGGUUUUUAGGUGAACUCUGUCAUUUAAAAACCAUUUCUGUAUAUUGUAUGUCAUUAAAAUUUUGUUUGUUUAAUCUUUA